CGAUCCUUUGCCUCCAUUGACGACACGACUGCGACCUCAACGACGGCGACGAUUAACGCGAAACCAUUGACCGGUUUCAACGCGCAUCGACACAGCUCGCAUUACACGUCAAAAGACCACUCGAGAAAGCAAUGUCUUUGCCGUCGCCUGAGCCCCGCUCGGUAUUGAGCCGGCGGCGGUAUCAACACAUCCGAUGGCUCAGCAGCAACAAACGCCCAGUACCAACAAUGUGCGCGCGGUCGAUUACAACUCCCUACCAGAGGUUGUUCCGAAUGAUUUCCCAGAAAGCACGCAUCUCGUUCAGAAUGCGCCGGUGCUUUUACAUAGCUAUACUGGCGAGUAUCUACCUGGGACCUCUUACAAUCAAGGCGGCUAUAAUAACGCGCAAUACCCGAUGAGGAUCCCUGCGAUGGGAUUCCAGACAGUAACUCCCUUGUAUCUGCUCGGGGAACAGCCUGAGGUGGUUGAUUGUCCCUUUUGCCGGCAGGCAUCACAAACCAAGGUCAAGAAGCAUCCAUCAGUUAUGACACACGUGAUUGCGGCAAUACUCUUCUUCGGAACACUAUGCGGCGUUAUUGCUCCCUACGUGUUCCGCUACUACUGCGGCAAUUGCGGCCGCAAGGUGGCCUACAGAACAUAUGGGAGCAGUAAUAGGCAAGUCUUGGGCACUCCCGACCACCUGGUGCAGGCCUCAAGGUAUACUUCAGCGCCCGUAUAACGGCAGGAGAAACAGUUUUGAACAUACGCUCUUUGGCUUUGCAAGCCGUUCAGUUAGCCUGACUGUUGUCUUAACCUCCGUGUUGAAGGCAAACUUGCAAGAUAGUAGGUAUUAGCAGCAAGCUAGAGGGUAACCGGAGGUGACUUAAUUAAAUGAGUAAAACUUUUCAAGGGCAGUGUCGUUAUAACACUUUUCAACAUUUAGCUACUCUUUAACGAAUAAUAACUCCUAAUAGCC